GGAGGAUUGCCAAGUGUAUAUGUGAGCUCUGUCACAUCAGAAUGGAAGUUAGUCACAUUCUACAGGCGAGGAGACUGAGUAUUAUGACCUGUGGCUGUCUUUCAGUUGUGAGAACGAGCAACACAUCUGGGCCUUCUCAAGAGCCAGGCCAGGCUCUGGCACCUCCACUGUGGCAGCAAUGGACCAUUUCCAGCAGGUACGGUGCCGUGCUGACCAGAAUGCCUGACUGACACCAACCCCAGAGAACCAAGGAGUCUGAAAAGUGACAGUGACACAAGGACACUCUGCCGGCCGAAGCUCCGGUGCAUGGAGAGAAGGAAGAAGGCAGUUUCCUAAUUGGUGCCAUAUAUAUCAGAUGGAUGGUCUCUAGCCUGCUUCCACACCCCACCUCGGCUGAGUGCUGGGCAGCCCUUCUACAUGAUCCUAUGACGCUUGAUAUGGACGCAGUCCUGUCAGACUUUGUUCGGUCCACAGGGGCAGAACCUGGUCUGGCCAGAGACCUGCUAGAAGGCAAAAACUGGGACCUCACAGCUGCUCUAAGUGACUAUGAGCAACUCCGACAGGUGCAUACAGCCAACCUGCCACAUGUGUUCAAUGAAGGGAGGAGCAGCAAGCAACCCGAGAGAGAGGCGCCCCAGCCUGGGCACAAGGUGGAGCGGCCCUGUCUUCAGAGGCAAGACGAAAUUGCUCAAGAGAAACGGCUUUCACGGGGGAUUUCCCAUGCCAGCUCAGCUAUUGUCUCCCUGGCCCGGUCGCAUGUGGCAAAUGAAUGCAACAAUGAGCAGUUCCCCCUGGAGAUGCCCAUCUACACAUUCCAGCUGCCAGACCUAAGUGUGUACAGUGAGGACUUCAGAAGCUUCAUUGAACGGGACUUGAUUGAGCAGGCCACCAUGGUAGCCCUGGAGCAGGCAGGUCGCCUGAACUGGUGGUCCACUGUGUGCACAAGCUGCAAACGGCUUCUCCCUUUGGCCACAACAGGGGAUGGGAACUGCCUUUUACACGCUGCCUCACUGGGAAUGUGGGGCUUUCAUGACCGGGACCUGGUUUUACGGAAAGCUCUCUACACCAUGAUGAGGACGGGUGCUGAGCGGGAAGCCCUGAAGCGGAGGUGGAGGUGGCAGCAGACACAGCAGAACAAAGAGUCAGGGCUGGUGUACACGGAGGAAGAGUGGGAGAGAGAAUGGACCGAGCUGUUGAAGCUAGCCUCCAGUGAGCCACGAACACACUUCAGCAAGAACAGUGGCUCAGGUGGCGGUGUGGACAACUCUGAGGACCCUGUGUACGAGAGUUUGGAGGAAUUCCAUGUCUUUGUCCUGGCUCAUAUACUGCGGAGACCCAUUGUGGUUGUGGCAGACACAAUGCUAAGGGACUCAGGUGGAGAAGCAUUUGCACCCAUCCCAUUUGGAGGGAUCUACCUGCCCUUGGAGGUCCCUCCCAACAGGUGCCACUGCUCUCCUCUGGUUCUGGCCUAUGAUCAAGCGCACUUCUCAGCCCUCGUGUCCAUGGAGCAGAGAGACCAGCAAAGAGAACAAGCUGUGAUCCCCCUGACUGAUUCAGAACACAAGCUGCUGCCCCUGCACUUUGCAGUGGACCCAGGGAAGGACUGGGAGUGGGGGAAAGACGACAAUGACAACGCCCGGCUGGCACACCUCAUCCUGUCACUAGAAGCCAAGCUGAACCUUCUUCACAGCUACAUGAAUGUGACAUGGAUCCGGAUCCCCUCUGAGACCCGGGCUCCCCUGGCCCAGCCUGAGUCUCCAACGGCCUCUGCAGGGGAGGACGUGCAAUCCCUGGCGGACUCGCUGGACUCGGACCGGGACUCUGUGUGCAGCAAUUCCAACAGCAAUAAUGGCAAGACUGGCAAGGACAAGGACAAGGAGAAGCAGCGCAAGGACAAGGACAAGACACGCGCGGACUCCGUAGCCAACAAGCUGGGCAGCUUCAGCAAGACACUUGGCAUCAAGCUGAAGAAGAACAUGGGUGGCCUGGGCGGCCUGGUGCACGGUAAGAUGAGCCGUGCCAACUCCGCCAACGGCAAGAACGGCGGCGACUCCACGGAGCGCGGCAAGGAGAAGAAGUCCAAGUCGCGAAAGGGCAGCAAGGAGGAAUCGGGGGCGUCAGCCAGCACCUCGCCGUCGGAGAAGACCACGCCGUCGCCCACGGACAAGGCGGCGGGCGCGUCGCCGGCCGAGAAGGGCAGCGGACCGAAGGGCGACGCCUGGAAGUACAGCACGGACGUGAAGCUGAGCCUCAACAUCCUGCGCGCCGCCAUGCAGGGCGAGCGCAAGUUCAUCUUCGCCGGCCUGCUGCUCACCAGCCACCGGCACCAGUUCCACGAGGAGAUGAUCGGCUACUACCUGACCAGUGCGCAGGAGCGCUUCAGCGCCGAGCAGGAGCAGAGGCGCCGGGACGCCGCCGCGGCGGCCGCCGCCACGGCCAAGCGGCCGUCGCGCAAGCCCGAGUCAGACGGCACGCCGGGCCCCGAGCGCGCCUCGCCUGGCCCGCCGGCCGCGCAACCCACGCAGCUGGUGCUCAAGCUCAAGGAGCGCCCGAGUCCCGGGGCCGCGACGGGCUCGCGGGCACUGCAGCGGGCGGCGGCGGGCGGCGCGGCCUCUCCGACCCUGGGCGGCGGCGGGCGGCGCGCGGGCGUCCACGGACCCGCCCCGGGCCGCAGCCCGCCGGCGCCCGCGCGCCAGAGCGUCAUCCACGUGCAGGCGGCGGCGGCCCGGGACGAGGCGUGCGCGCCGGCCGUGGGCGCCCUGCGGCCGUGCGCCACCUACCCGCAGCAGAACCGCUCGUUGUCGUCGCAGAGCUACAGCCCAGCGCGCGCCGCCGCCGCCCUGCGCACCGUCAACACCGUGGAGUCCCUGGCGCGCACGGAGGCGGCGGGCACCGCCGAGCACAAGUCGCAGACCUACACUAACGGCUUCGGGGCCGCGCGCGACGGCCUGGAGUUCGCCGACGCCGAUGCGCCGGCCGCGCGCUCGAGCUCGAGCUCGAACGGUGAGUGCGCGCGCGGCGGCCCCGGGCCCGCGCAGCGGCGCUGCCAGCGCGAGAACUGCGCGUUCUACGGGCGCGCGGAGACCGAGCACCUGUGCUCCUACUGCUACCGCGAGGAGUUGCGGCGCCGGCGCGAGGCGCGCGGAGCUCGGCCCUGA